CAGCAUUGCUCUUUUUUUUGUGGAUGUACAGACACCUGGACAAAACUGUAACAGACUUCAGUUUUUGGUCUGUUUUUAUUGAGUUUACCUUGGAUAUCUUUCCUGAUUUCCUCAUGUCGGCCAUGUUGGAACAUCUGCCUUGUGUCCGCACUGACCCUGCACCUAUCAGGACUCCGUCAGUAAGCAGGAGCGUUGCUGAUAGAGCCGUACGGUUUGAGCUGGAGCGCCGGGCCUGCCAGAGUCUCAGACAAGUUCUCCAGCUCAAACUUCAACAGAGACGGUCCAGAGGAGGCAUGGUCAUGCCGCCUUUGAAAAGUUCAGCUGCCAUCCAUGAGAACAGACGGAGCUUGGAGCCAGCUCAGACUGAGGACUACCUAAAGAGACAGAUUGGAAGCUCUGUACCAAUCCAAAUGCACGUCCUGGAGGAGACGUCCGCAGAGCCAUCGCUCCAGGCCAGGCAGCUGCAGCUGAAGAGAGCUCGCCUCGCUGAUGAUCUGAGCGAUAAGAUCUCACACCAGCCUGCGGAGCUGAUCCACAACAACAUCCUACCUGUUCCCCCCAGCCUUGAGCAGGCUAUCUUAGAGACGGAGAUUCCAAAGGCUGCUCUUGAUAACUGGUCUUGUGACGAGGACAGUGGCUACAGUCUGUCUCCAGAACAGCCGGUGAACCAGGAAUCUUCGCUGAUCCUCCUUCCUCAGGCUUCACCCCCACCUUGUACGCAGGUCACACUUCCUUCUCAAACUACCCAAAUCUCUGGAUCCUCCCCAUUAUUGAAGCUGGCUGAUCAAUUAGUCACACCAUCAACACAGAGUACAUGUGUGACAUCACAGAAGAAGUCCCAGCUUAAACCAAAUGCUGACUACUCCGCACAGAAACAGAAGAAAGUAAAGGAUGACAAACCAAAGAUUAAAAAGUUAAAGUACCAUCAGUAUGUUCCCCCUGACCAAAGGGGAGAUAAGGAGCCUUCUAUCUGUCUGGACUCACCCUAUGCCAAGAUCGUCCAGCAGCAGCAGCUCGUCUUGCAGCUCCAGAUCAUUAAUCAGCAGCAACAGCAGAACUACCACGCCAUCCUGCCUGCAACACUGAAACCUCAGAUGGAUCAGCAGUCAUCCUCCUCCACUCCACCUGUCUCCACCCCUUCAACAGUCCUGUCAAACCAGGGCUGUCAUAAGAAUCUGAGUUCUGCUUCUACAGCUUGGACAAAACCAGCGACUUUACCUCCGAACCUGGAUGAAAUGAAGGUUGCAGAGCUGAAAUCUGAGUUGAAGCUGCGCAGCCUGCCCGUCUCCGGCACCAAAAUCGACCUCAUUGAGAGGCUGAGGACCUACCAGGGACUGAAUGAAGGGAGCAGCACUACCUCCUUUCUGACAGCAGGGGGUACCACAGGGCUGACGACUGGAGAAGAAGGAAAAUCCUCCAAAACUGCUGCAGCCGCUACCAUCAACAACAACACAUCACAGCAUCACACAUCUCUGAGCGCCUCAUUCUCCUCCACAUCCGUCACACUCGCCCCCUCCCACUGCUCGCCGGGCUGUAUGAGCCCUGAGGACACAGGCUUUAACUGUGACCAACAACAGGAAAGGAUGAGUUCACCUCACACCCAGCUGAGCCUUCAGGCGUGUUCAGCUGCUCCACUCCCAAAUAUUAAAGAAGAGCAGAUGUGCUCCACCUCAGCACCUUGUCAAUUCACUUCAAAGCCAGCCUGUCUGCAGAAACAUCGUCCAGUCUCAUUAACUGGCCCCAGCACCACAGCCUCAGCUCCAGUAGUGACUAUGGACAAAGACAAAAUGCUAAGGGAAAAAGACAAGCAGAUAGAGGAAUUAACCCGGAUGCUGAGGCAGAUACAGAGGGUAGUGGAGGCGCUGAGGAUGCAGCUGGAGUGUGGUAAAAGAGGAGGACAUGUGCCAGAGACCCAUGUUCUUGUAAGAGUUAAACAAGAGCCUCCAGAUAAGCCCAGUGUCCCUCUUUCAUUCCACAACCCACCAUUAAUUCCUGCACCAGCGCCCUUUAGACGUGAGAUGGAUGUUACAAAAGUUUCUGUCAAACAGGAAACCAUCGAGGCGGAGGAAUUUGUUUCUGAGACAACUGUGCAAAUACCAGAUGCUUACAGAUUACCAAAACCUUCAACCCAAACUCCGGAGGCACGGGAGCAAAUUAAACUCCAAAUGAAGCCAGAGCAGACAAGCACUCUGAGAAAACAACACUUACAUCUCCAGCAAACCACUCCAAAGUUGGCUCAUCAUCAAGCCAUAGAGAAACACUUGCUACAGCGACGGCACAACAGUCAGAGCCCACAACAAACGCCUCAGAGGUUGGAGAGUGAGCCCAAACUUUCUCAUCAGCAAAAGACGAAAUCACACAAACCAAAGCUCAAACAGCAGAAGCAACUUUUGAGGCAACACCCACAAGAGAUGCAGCUGAAGCAACAAACUUCAUUAAAGCAGCAAAAGUUGUGUAUGCAGCCGCAGAAGUCUGAACAGCUGCAAAGAACCCAAGUACAGACCAAGAUGCUUCUAAAGCAGCAACAGGAGCAACAGCAGGUGCCUCAAGUAAACAUCAACCAGGUAACAGGCUGGUUAGAGUUGAAUCUCCUCAAGAGGGACUUAACUCCAACCUUGGUCAGCGAUGGCAACAGUAACAGCUCUCUAAUUACACUGACCAAUUACAUCACAGGGAACCAAAGAUCUGACGCACCUGGGAGCAAAGCAGCCAAUCAUAUUCCACAGGUGAAGAAUGGUGGACCACAGGUGUCUGUUGAACAGCCUGAACAGGAAGUUGUGCCUCACCCUUCUACCCUGGAGUCUUUUCUCAAGGACCAGGAGACAUCGCUCUCAGGCAGAAACACAUUAUCGCCUUCCUCCCAAAAUAUUGUUUGUCCCUGUAGAGAUGAUUUGUUGAGUCCGCUGUCUUCGGCUUCGAUUAAAUUGUCUGCUCCAUCACCGGAUAAAAAAGAUAGAGAGCAUGAAGAUGAUUUUAUUGACAGCACUUUGCAGAGAGGAGAAUCUCUGUCUGCUUUCAAACCAUCCUCUACCCGUCCACUAGAUGAACUGAAUCCAAACCCCUCCUCCUCACCCUGUCUUAACAUCCCACAGUUUCCCCUCUCAGAGCCCCAGACUCUGUUAGUUCCCACAGAAGAGGAGCAGCACCUCAGUAAUGCUGGGAGUGGAUGUCUCGAGGACUUUCUAGAAAGCACCAUGGGAAAGCCUCUCCUCGGGGUGGAGCCCGGCGGUCCUUUGACGUUAAUUGAUGACCUCCACAGUGAAAUGCUGUGCACUCCUAGUAUCUUGGACCCUCCCCCAUCCCCGAUGGAUACCCUCGAUAUAGCAGCUGAGAGGGAGCGAGGUGCGGACAGUAUGGAUUGGUUGGAUUUCGAUGUGGGAGGAAAAAAGGAGGAGGAAGCCAUGACUCUGGACCCUCUGGGACCUCAAACGCCCCCUAGUGUCUUUUCUACAGAUUUCUUGGAUAGUUGUGACCUUCAGAUCCACUGGGACUCCUGCCUUUAACAGCGGAAAAACAUCCAUUACAGGCAAUGCACUUAUAGACACAUGAGGAUCAGUUUGUCAUUAGAAACUGUGUGGUUUACCAGAUUUUAACUCACUUUGACCUUCAUUCAUUUGCUUCAUUUAAACACAGCAAUACUGUUUUUUUUUUUUCAAAUACUGUUUAUUAGGCAGGACCUACAUCUACUACAGUUCUACUGAAACCCUUCCCAUUCAGAUUAGGAUUCAGACAACUUUAUUUCAUUUUUUAUUUUUAUUUCAUUUAAUUAUUCACCACAGAAAAUAAAAACUGAAACCCUCAUUUCAUAGUUAGUAUAUCAUCAUACAAGAUCUCUUUCAGAUAAUUUCUCAUAAUUACAGAAUGAGCAUCCCACAAUAACAAGCUCUUUCCCUUAAUAAUAACAUCCUUUCCUGAAAUUCCACUUUUAGACAAGAUUAUGAGCUCUUUUUCCAGCUUUCUAAGAUCUUUUCUCAUAAUUAUGCUAUUAGGAUAUCAUAAUAACAUGAUUUUUUUCAUAAUAAUCCAUUAUUUUGGGCACCCACUCUACCAACUGAACCAAACCAGCACAUUUAAAGUGGUAUCUUUUAUCAAAAUCAAAGGGAUAUUUCCUUACACAAGCUCUUUCCUCAUGAUUGUUUAGCAGAACUUUUGGCUUAGGGUCUUAUAAUAACAAUACAUUUUUUAUUAUUACACAGCCUUUUUCUAUGAUUAUGUUAUCUUUAAUUGUAAGAUAUUUUCUAAAAAAAAAAGUUACAUUUUUUCACAAGAACUUGAAUGGGACCUCAUUAUUGCAAGAUCUUUCUUCCACAUUUUCUUUCAUAGGCACUAAUGCAACCCCAUACCAUCAGAGAUGCAGGCUGUUGAACUGUGCGCUGAUAACAAGCUGGAUGGUCCCUCUUCUCUUAGUUCACCAGACACGGCAUCCAUGGUUUCCAGAAAUAAUUUCAAAUUUUGAUUCAUGUGACCACAGAACAGUUUUCCAUUUUGCUUCAGUUCUUUUUAAAUGAACUUUGGCCCAGAGAGGGUGUUGGCUUUUCUCGAUCAUGUUCACACAUGGCUUCUUCUUUGCAUGAAACAGCUUCAACUUGCAUUUGUGAAUGGCAAAUCGAAUUUUGUGGACAGACAACGAUUUCUGGAUGUGUUCCUGAGCCCAUGCAGUGAUUUCCUAGUAGAGAAUCAUGCCUGUUUUUAAUGCAGUGCCGCCUCAGGGCCUGGAGAUCACAAGCCUUUGCACACAGAGAUCUCUACAUUGUUUGCUGUAGAUCAGUAGUCCCGAACUUAUUUUGUGUUGAGGACUGGUUUCAUGAAAGACAAUUUUCUUGGACCAGCCAUCAGUGUGUGGGGGAUAAAUACGCUGAAACAAAAUGAUACAAAAGGCUUAGAAAAUAAUAAUAAUAAUAAAACAAGAGGAAUAAUGCUGAAUCACUGGGAGCCCUGAGCUUGUUUCUCUGCAACAACACGGUCCCAUCUAGGGAUGAUGGGAGCCAAUUACACCUGAAGUAUGAUUGUUUUUUACUUUUUAGUUAGUUUGUGGGCUUAAUUUUUGGUUAUCACAUGAGCAAGAUAAGCACCUUGAUGUCUUGACAUGUCAAAAGGCCGAAAGGCACAGACAGAUGAGAGUUAUUUUAUCAAAUAAAACAUCUUUCAGAUUCUGAUUCAGACUAUCAAAGGAAAUAGAAUAAGCACUUUACUUUUUCUGUGCGACCCAGUGCCAAAAGACCCACGGCCUGGUACUAAUCCAUGGCCACUGCUGUAGAAGUUUGGAUAUCAAAAGAAUUUUUAUGAAAUUAUUCCACAAUUUUUAAACACAGUUUUUUUUUGGUCAAUCUCUUCCCAUAUUUUCUUCUGAGAGACUGUGCCUCUCUAAAAUGCUCCUUUUAUACCCAGUCAUGUUUAAGCCCUGUUGGCAAUUAACCUUAUUAAUUGCAAAAUGCCCCUCCAGCUGUUUUUAAUUAGUACCACCCACUUUUCCAGCCUUUUGUUGCCCCGUCCCUACUUUUAUGAGACUUGUUAAUGCUAUCAUAUUCAAAAUGAGCUCAUAUUUUCCUGAAAUGCAAAAAAGUCUCAGUUUCAACAUCUGAUAUGUUGCUUCUGUUCUAUUGUGAAUCAAAUAUGUGUUUAUGAGCUUUGCAAAUCAUUGCAUUCUGUUUUUAUUUAUAUUAUACAUAGCAUCCUAACUUUUACGGGACUGGCAUUGUAGAUCCUAGUUUCAUCAAGGAUCCUUCAGGGCUGCAGGUUUUCAAUGUAAUCAAAGUGAUCAUCCCGUCAUACAGAGCAGCAUAAGUACAGGCUAACUGAGAAACAGGAGUUCAUUUCUUUGUUUUUGUAGAAACUUUUCAAAACCUCAGAAGGGGAAAGGGAGCUUUCAAGAUGCUUUUAACUGAGCCAUGAAUAUGUAACUUAAAAUUUAUUUAUUUUGAUCUUUACUUCCAAUGAACAUGCUUUGAUGAAAUGAAUGUAAAAGAGACAGAAUUUUAAGUGUCAA